GGAACAUCCAAUAUUUGGUAAUAUAGAUUGUUCAUAUAUGAUCCCGAACAUACCUGUAUAACAGGUUUAAAACCUGCAUUUUAAAAAGAAUGCGGGUAGUUUAAAAUAGAAGGAAUAAUAAACAUGGCGUCAGUAUCAAGAUCUUGGUCGUUUUGCGAAAAACAUGAGUCAGAGGAAGUAAGAUUCUAUUGUAAUGACUGCAAGAGUUUGAUCUGUGAUGAUUGUAUAGUUGGUGUGCAUAAAACUCACAAAUUUAUGAAAUCUAAAGAAUAUGGUAGUUCACGACGCGAACAAAUUCUAAAAUAUCCGUCGGUUGCAGGAAACACAACGAUUCCAAAAAUUCAGAAAAUAAUAACCGAGGCUUCAGAGAGUAAAAGCAAAUAUAGUGACACCAUAAUGGACGAAACUGAAUCUAUCAAAUCAAAACGGAAGUUGAUUGAUACGACACUGGACGUUUUACAAAAAGAACUAGUUGAUAACCUUAAUAAGACCGACCAAGAGACAAGGCAGCUAUAUGAUAUAUUUAUCAAGAACCAAGAAUUUAAAGUAGAAAGAAUACAAAAACUCGUUGAAGAAAUCAAAUCAAAAGGAAGUGACAUACCAGACACAGAUAUUGCUAAAUAUGACGUAGCUCUUGAGAAUCUCAUCAAACUUGAUCCUCAUAAAGACACAAUGCCAAGCCCAAAACCACCUCAAUACAUUUUUACCGACGAAAAUGUCAAGAAGGAAAAACUUCAAAAACUUAUCGGCUAUAUCGAACAUGUCGAAAGUAGUCAAUAUGAGGAACUUCCACAUGAUUUACCACUAAGACCUCCCGAAAAACCAAAGCCAAAAAUACCUGAAGAUUACAGGGGAUAUUUAAAGCCAAAGACUUUGCCCGUAACAGAGUCAUACGAUGAAGUGAAACUAAAACAAGAGUUCAAAGUGCUAAGGUCAUUUGAAACGAAAAACAAAAUAUCGUAUAUUGUUCCUAAAGGACAGGGACUUGAAGCUUGGGUGAUUUUGGGAGACAGUGUCACAGAGGUUGAUUGCACUGAACAAAAUACAGAGAUUAUUCCAACACCAGUAAAAACGUUAGAUCAAAACCCGAUUUUACCGUGUAUAAACAAAAAUAACGAGCUAUUGAUUGGAUUUCAGAACAAAUCGUCUAUAAAACAAUUACAGAUCACACAGAAGUCAAAACGAAAAUCUUACAGCUUUAAUACUGGAAUUAACAUUAGUUCUAGCAAAAGUGUGCUUGCUUGCUUUUGUACGUCAGCAAUAGCUGACGAAGAACAAAUCGCAUGCUUCCAAGACAAAGCUGCUACCGAAAAUCAUAUACUUCGCUGGUACUUGAAGGGAAAGCAAAAGAAACAAGAAAUAUAUCUUACAUCUGACAUUGAACUGGAAAAUCCGAUACAAAUGUGCCAGAACACAGAUGGCGAAAUUUUCAUUUUAUGUCGACCUGAAGGAAAACAAUCAUGGAUAAUAAUUCUAAAUAAAAGUUAUGAAAAGAAACUCAAAUAUCCAUCGAAGACAUCAGCUAAAAACAUUGACUUUGUUGGAUUUGGGUUAAUAAAGACCCAUGUGACUAUUUCAGAUCGGGGUAACUCUGAACAACUUUUGAUAGACAUGCAUGGACUGGUCAUUCAAAGAGACAAACACGACGUACUUCCAGUAUGUUGUGUUGUAGAUCGGUCAUCAAAUGUGUGGGUUGGCUUUGAUGACGGAAGGGUUAAAGUGAUUAACUAUCAGACAGAAAACGAGUAUGCCGUGGCACAUAGUGCUACGAAAUUCUGAUAUUUAAGCAAUACAUCAUUUUAUUACCAGUAACAUCCUUUGGCAUAGAGCUUAAAAUCCGGUAGCAAAUGAUUUUGAGGAAAGAUGUCAUUACCAUUAACAUUUAUGCAAUUUUCACCAUACAUAAGAUGUUUAUCGCCUGUCAUAAUUUUGGACGAUUCUCUCAUAUGUUUAAUUCAAGAUAUUCAUAAAUAAAAUAUAUCCAUAGUUA